ACAAGGGUAAAAAAAAAUAGUCUUUAUACGCGACUCUCUUAUUUAAAACAUCCAUAAUGAUCUGGUUAUCCGAGAGACAGAAGUUUGGAGUUGCAUUCACCGCUGGUGGAUUCUUUUUCUUCCUAUUUGGAAUCAUGGCAUUCUUUGAUGCUGCCUUUCUUGCCUUGGGUAACAUCUUGUUUGUCAUCGGCCUCAUAUUAAUCAUUGGCCCUCAACGUACCAUCACUUUCUUCAGCAGACCAAACAAGCUCAGAGGAACUUUUUGCUUUUGUCUUGGUAUAGUUUUAAUUUUAUUGAAAAGGUCAUUCAUUGGAUUUAUCAUUGAAAGUUUUGGAAUUUUAGGACUUUUUGGUGAUUUUUUCGGAACAAUUGUACAAUUUUUGAGAUCAAUUCCUUACAUUGGAGAUCUUUUGAGCCAUCCAUUGGUUGCUCCAACCAUAGAUAGAUUAGCAGGAGUCACCACCAUGUUGCCAGUUUAACUCUAUAAUGUGUAUUUAUAAUAGUAAUAAUAAUAAUAAU